AUGCUUUUCUUCAGCUUUUUCAAGACCCUCACCAACCAAACCGUCACCAUUGAGUUGAAGAAUGAUAUCCGCAUCCGCGGUAUCCUGAAGUCGGUCGACCAGUACCUCAACAUUAAGCUAGACGAUAUCGAAGUGCUGGAGCUGGACAAAUACCCCCACCUCUCAUCUGUGAAGAACAUGUUCAUUCGUGGCAGCGUUGUGCGCUAUGUCAUGCUUCCGCGGUCGGAAGUUGACGUUGGGUUGUUGGAGGAUGCGACAAGACGGGGGGUCGUGCUAACCAAGGUCUUCAAUUCUACAGAAGCUGCCAACCAGGCCGGCAAAGCCCGGUAA